AGGAAGGCGGCUAAAGACUUCAAAUUUACGUGGCGAACAGCAAUAAUACCCUUUUCGUACAGUUUCACCCAAUAAAAGAUUGCCCUCCAUUCACUUCUCUCCCCUCCCCUCCCCUGAUUUCUCUUUUCAUCAAUCCAACUUUACUCUCAAAUGGCUAAUGCAGUAUCUGGAAUGGCUGUGCAUGAUGAAUGCAAGUUAAGGUUUCUAGAAUUGAAGAAAAAGAGGACCCAUAGAUUUAUAGUUUUCAAAAUUGAGGAAAAACAAAAGCAGGUUGUGGUUGAGAAAGUUGGGGAACCUACGAAAAGCUAUGAAGAUUUCACUGCAAAUCUUCCUGCUGAUGAAUGUCGAUAUGCUGUUUAUGACUUUGAUUUUGUGACUUCUGAGAAUUGCCAAAAAAGCAGGAUAUUCUUCAUUGCUUGGUCACCUGAUAUAUCUAGGGUUAGAAGCAAAAUGAUUUAUGCUAGUUCGAAGGAGAGAUUUAAGAGGGAGCUAGAUGGAAUUCAAGUGGAACUGCAAGCAACUGAUCCAACUGAAGUUGGACUUGAUGUUAUUCAAAGUCGUGCCAAUUGAAAGGAUUGCGGUUCUUUUUAUCUUUAGAACUUUUGAACACUUAUCUGUCAUGUACUCAUGUUCCUUAUCAAUUCCAUUUGUUAAAUACAAACUUAUUUCUUCUUUGAAUACUAAUUUGGGGGUUGUUUCUGCA